GGGUUCUUUGCAUGACACUGCCUUCUCUGCCGCGACGCAAUGGCGAAAGCGUCCAAAGGAAAGCGCUUAUCAGGGAAGCCCGACCGCAUCUCCAGAGUACAGCUCGAGGCACUGUACGCGAUGUCGCCGCCAACUGACUCAACGAAUAAGCAAGAAACCUCCGUAAUGCACAAGCUUCUUUGCUGCGUCGUUCCUAUCCUCCUCCUUCUGUUGCUCGGAGUGGCCAUCUAUUUUGCAGUAAAGUACGGUGUCGGAACACACGAAGAAAACUACUCAUUUUGCGAGUCUACAGCUUGCAGCGUGCUCGAAAGAGUGCUGAAGAAUGCCAUCAACCAGAGCCUUCAGCCUUGCGACAACUUCUACACCUACAUCUGCGGCCGCUGGAAUAAAGGACAAUCAAAGUCCGUUUACAGACACCACAUGGAUUACUUCUUGAAUGUGCUGAGCGACACCCUCAUGGCAGACGUUCCGUCGUGGGGGCAAAGCCCUGGCGACAAAGCGGCGCGCUUUUUUCAGUCAUGCAGGAAAGCUGCUCGGCAAGGACCUGGAAACUUGGAGGGCUUUAGGCAGAUACUUGAAGAGAGCCAAAUUGAGUGGCCCAAACUGUCCAAGCGGCCAGACGCUCUGAGGUCGUCAGUUCGAAUGUUCAAGACUAUCAGAGCCAGGAACAUCAUAAACAUUGACAAGAGGGGGCCCAUGAUUGUCCUGUUCGGCGGCGAAGGCAAGGUGUCCAAGCACCAGCGGAGGAUAGAGAAAAUCACAAACAGAAGAUUAGGAAGUUACGAACGGUAUUAUAGAAAGACACAAAUCGCUCUCAAAGCGCGCUACAGAGUGGAUGAAUUCGUGCCCUACUCCAAAUUCGCGGAAAUUGAAGACAGAAUACUGGGCGGCUUAUUGAACUACACCAGACAUAAUUAUACGAGCCUGCCGGAAACGUUGCGUGAUCUGGCACUCCUGACGGAAGGAAUUUCUUACGAGAGAUGGUCACAACUGGUGCAGUCGGAAUACCACCUUCCCGCGGACUCGCCCGUCGAUUUAAGUGGAGAAAAUAUUGACUACAUACGCGCGUUCAGCAAGCUUCUGAGUACAGUCGGGGAGCGGUAUCUUCACUAUGAAAUUGGCUGGGUCAUGGUACAGACUUGCGCGCCCUUCGUCAACCGAGAACUUCUGAACAUUUACUCCGGAGAUUACGACCCUUUACGCCCAGCUGCGGAAGCAGAGCACCAGAACAGAAAACUGUGCCUGGUGAUUACAGAAGUAUUCACGGGAUGGGCUAUCUACAGGAAGUUCUUGAAGGGUUACGUUCCAGAUGCGUCAGUAACGGACGUUCGUAACAUCAUAGAUGAUAUUGGCCAUGCUGCUUCGCUCGGGAAAGAACUGCGAACAACAAUGAAGUAUGAAGACACAUAUGGUGACUCAGACCUUUUCAACAUUACCUUCUCGAACAUCGGUGACAUGGGUCCUUCGUUCUUCAGCAACUGGCGCGGCAUUGUUAAGAAUUUCCGCUGGUACUCGAACGAAAGCCUUUGGGAACUGAUCAGCACGCAUUUCGUCCGAAGAGCAGUUGGUGACCAGGAAGGGUACACUCUUUACGACGAAGCUGAUGCAACAUUCCUGCUUCCUCCAUACGCCAUGACGCUGCCGUUGUACACGAGCGACAUAAUAGAAUCUGCCAAGUACGCUGCCUUAGGAUCUCUCAUAGGGUCCACUGCUCUCGCGAUAUUGAAGUACCAUACGUUCAAAAACGAUAGUGAGGCCUGCAUGAAGAAACCUUUCAUCGACGAGGAGGCGAACAAGGCGGUUCUGGACGCUGCUGCGUCCGUUCGCAUAGCGUGGGAUGCGUAUCGAGGUUAUACGCGAUCUCAUUAUGAUGUUAGACUUCGUGGUGCCCCUGGCUUCUCUUCCGACCAAAUAUUUUUUAUGACCACGUGUUAUAUUUUGUGUGGCCAGCCUAUGGACACAUACCCAGACAUACGGUGCAACGAGGCUCUCAAGAAUCACCCCGACUUUUCCGGAAUAUUUUCCUGCGACCGGAAGGCCGCUAUGAAUCCUCGGAAAAAAUGCACGUUAUUAAACUAA